AUGCCAGUCAACCAGUUGUCCUGCAACGACCCUCCAUGGCCAGGCCAUAUCUACGUAAUAAAAUACCAAGACACUUCACGAGUUAUGACUUACGAUAGAAGCAAAGGGAUCGUUCUGGCGGCAUACAACGGGGGAUCCAAUCAAAGAUGGACUUGUCAUUCAAAAGACGGAUGGCUUGGGUUUGCAAAUGACCCGGGGGAGACUACGCUUUUCAUGGGCCAUUACGAUAAUAGACAGGAAAAGCUUCACUGCUGGGUAAAUCAUCACCUGCCGGGAGAAAUGUUCUGCGUCAGGAAGCGACUGGAGGAUGGUUUUCAGGUUCUGGGUCGAAUUGGAGGGAAUCUUCAUCCUGUGGGGUUGGAUGAAGCUGGGGAUGCGGCUGUUAUAAGGCACUCAGAGGCCUGGUGGGGGUUUACUAUGCUUGCUUAG